AUGGCAAACCCCUGGCAGUUUGGUGAAAUCUCCAAGGAUGCUGCCGAUGAGCUGUUGCAAAAAGAUGGCUUGGAGGAUGGCAAGUUUUUGGUUCGCAUUCGACCGGGACACCCAGAAGACUACGUCCUAGCCGUCGUGUUCAAGGGCCGUCCGACGCACCACCUGGUGCAAAAGGGGGUUGAUGGCAUGUUCACGGUCAACAAAAAGAGUUUUGGCCCAGCACGCAGUAUCAGUGAGGUGGUGGCCCUAUUCCAAACGGAUACACUUCCACCCAAUUGGCCAGUCAAACUGGCUUCCUUUGUCCGCAACCCCAAUCUAGCGACCCCGUCGAGUGCGCCGGCACCCGCGGCGGGUGGCACUGAAGCCAACGAUGCGGCAGGUGAACUGAUCAUGGCACAUCCCGAAGUAGUGGAUGGGCUCUUUUUCGUGCGGGGUCGGGGGGCCGAUCGUCCUGGCGAGUACGUUAUUACAGUCGUGUACAAAGGCAAGCCGACGCAACAUUUGGUGCGCCAGAGUAGCAAGGGGGAGGAGUACACCGUCAAUGGCAAGGCGUGCACCGAUUGCACAACUUUGGGUCAGGUGGUCAAGUUUUUGCGCUCGGCCCAUCCAUUUUGGCCCGUACCUCUGAAGGACCACGUCCCCGCUCAGGGACGUAGCCGCAGUGACUCGGUCAAGAGCACGGGCUCGGCUCAGGGCUCAGCGUCGACAACUCCAGUUGCGGCUGCGGCGCCUCUUGCUGAUGCAGCCCGUCGUGAGGCUGAGGACAAGGCUCGCCGCGAGGCCGAGGACAAGGCCCGUCGUGAGGUCGAGGGCAAGGCCCGUCGUGAGGCCGAGGACAAGGCCCGUCGCGAGGCCGAGGACAAGGCCCGUCGCGAGGCCGAGGACAAGGCCCGUCGUGAGGCCGAGGACAAGGCCCGACGCGAGGCCGAAGAAUCAGUGGAGCAACAGCGCCGCGCUCAUGAGAGUAAAGUGGCAGCUGCUGAAGCAGAGGCCCGUCGCAAGGCAGAUGAGGAAUCUCGGAUCCUUCGGCAGCAAGAAGCUGAGGCCGAGGCGGCGCGAGAGCGAAAGCUACAGGGUGAGGCAGAAGCAGAGCGCCGUGCCGAGGCCACACGUCGCCAGCAAGAGGCCCGCCAGCAAGAGGCCCGCCAGCAACAACAACAACAACAACAACAACAACAAGCAGAAACAGAUGAGGCACCCCCUCCCAAAAUGCUGUCCGAAGCGACGAGAGCCAAUGCCCGCCACUUGUCUCGUCAUAACUUGGCAAACCUUAUGCGCUCGGAUACGCCCCUGUCCAACAAUGACGAUGUAGCUUCAGAACUAGAGAUCAACAAGCCUCGAGCCAUGCCCAACGGGCGGGAGGUGACGCUUAUGAUAUCGCGGCCCAACCGCAUGGUUGCCUUUGGCUUCACCGUCUCGUCAAUGUGGCGCGUUGAUGCCCCCGACGACGAGUACGGGCGCUACAACAUUAUCAAAAUGAUUGAGCCCGGUUCGCCCGCCGAGACUGGCAAGCUGGAGGUGGAAGACAUUAUCAAAACCAUCGAUGGCAUGGAUGUGUCACACUGUGAUAUCAACGAGCUCAAAGCCAUUGUGCGCGAGCGGGAGCUCAAGUUUGAAGUCGUGGUGGUUCGCCCAGACCUGCAAAUCUUUCGCAAGCGACAGGACAUGUGUCGCAAGAAGGAUGCCUCGCUACUGAAAAAGUCCAAGGGCAAGAACGCCGUGCGCGCAAGUCAGAAGGCCAAAACCCGCCUUUCACGACAGGGCGAGUGCUGCGGUGGCAUGUGGUGUCAUCAUGAAAGCAGUCAAGCCAAACGCGAGGCGGAGGAGCAACAAAUUCUCAACUCCUGGAUCAGCGUCAAGCAGCGCUUGGCAGGCAAGCCUCAGGCGGUUCUCUUGGGCACUCAGGAGGUGUCUCGCGUUUGA